AUGAUUCACUCCCUUCUCAGACGCCCGGCGACGUACCCGAGUUUUGCAUCAUCCUCUACUUCAGACCAAAGCGAAGACACACCAACCCGACCCAACAAACACGAAUUGGAUGCGAGGCCUGGUGAAACACGAUCGCCAUAUGCACUAUUACCCUACAUUAUCAACAUUUUGUUGGCAGUAGGACUGACAGUUCUUGUUGGAUUUGUCUUCCGUCCCUUUCCACCGCAUGGUCCUAAGAUGAAGACAUUGAGCUGCGGAUCUAACCCAGCUGAGGCGCGCACGAACGGCUGCACAUACGAUGUGCUAGGGAAUAUCUGGGUUCCUACUCCCUGUCUGGACACGGAAAAUCUCGCCGACUUCAAGCGCAUGGCUCCCUGGCUGGCAUAUGACUCUGCCAACGCUACUCGUCAGCUCACAGAGGAGGAGAUGUCGGAAUACCUCAUACCAGAUGGAUAUUGGACACCAGUGCGGGAGCACAUGAUUCAUUGUGCUCUGAUGUGGAGAAGAUUGCAUGAAGGGUUUGAGAAGAACGGAAGGUUAUUGGAUAAGCAUGUUAUCCAAAUGCAUCAUACUGAGCAUUGCAGCCAAACUUUGAUGGAGCAUCUUGAUAUGCCUACUUCCUUCCUCGACGAGAUACGUACUCGAACAGAAGCCGGGUAUUCCAGUUGUCAGGUUCCUGCUUGA